ACCACCUGCGUUUCUUGACAGCGGCGCUGUUGUUGUUCCUCUUUGACUGAAAGCGCACACGUUUAAUUCUUGGCGUUUUUCUUUAGCAAACGCGUGAACCAUUAAUCUGUUUGUUUAUUUAUAUAUAUACUGUCACAUGUUCUCUUCUCGCUACAUCAACGUUAGCUUAGCUUGCUAGCAGUCAGCGACGGAUAUGGCAUACGCGUGAAUGGCAGAGCUCUUCCUCAGUGCGUUUACCGUAAAGGUCAGUUCUGCUUUCAGUGGCUGACCUGGUGGAUGAUAAAUCUUCACAGGCUUUCCCGUUAAACAGGCUCACAAGCUGCCAUGGAGCCGGCCACGGGCUGCGUGAACAUCGGCAGUCUGACCAGCACCCUGCCGGUGAUCCCCUACCAGAAGCUGACCGACCUGUACUACCUGAGCAGAGGGGGCUUCGGCACCGUGUUCAAGGCGCAGCACUCGGACUGGAGGACCACGGUGGCCAUAAAGUGCCUGAAGCUCGACUGUCCUGUUGUAGAAAGGGAGAGGAACUGCCUGCUUAAGGAGGCCGAGGUGCUCCACAAAGCCCGGUUCAACUACAUAAUCCAGAUCUUUGGCAUCUGCAACGAGCCCGAGUUCUUCUGCAUUGUCACCGAGUUCAUGAGCAAUGGCUCUCUUGACCUGUUGCUCCACGAGACUGACAUGUACCCCGGGCUUGCCUGGCCUUUGCGACUGAGGAUCCUCUAUGAGAUUGCCUUAGGGGUUAACUUCCUUCACAACAUGAACCCACCCCUCCUGCAUCACGACCUAAAGACGCAGAACAUACUGUUGGAUGGAGAGUUUCACGUUAAGAUCGCUGACUUUGGCCUUUCAAAGUGGCGGCAACUGUCCGUCAGUAAAGGCUCGGGGUCCAAGCCCACAGAGAUGGGGGGCACGGUGAUCUACAUGCCCCCUGAGAAGUACGAACCAUCCAAGAGCCGUCGGGCCGAUGUGAAGCACGACGUGUACAGCUAUGCCAUCAUCAUGUGGGAAGUGCUGUCCAGGCAGAUUCCAUUUCAAGAGGUGACCAACCCAAUGCAGAUCAUGUUCAGUGUGCUCCGUGGGAUGCGUCCUGACACGAGUCUGGACAGUCUGCCUUCUGACAUCCCUAACAGAGAAACCCUCAUCGGUUUAAUGACCUGCGGCUGGACCACUAACCCUGAUGAACGACCUUCCUUCCUCAAGUGUCUGAUUGAACUAGAGCCCAUGGUGAGGAAUUUUGACGAAAUUGUCUUCCUGGAGGCCGUGUUAGAGAUCAAGAGGUCAAAGAUGAUGCAUAUAUCCGGCUGUUGUUCAGCUCAGUCAGUGAGUGAGAAGAGGAGUGAGGACGGAUCGCUGAACAUGCUGAAGGACAGGCGUAGCCCCUGGCCGGAGAGCUCCACCUCAGGCUCAGGCUCUUGUUCCUCCCAGGACACAGAUAUAUCUCUACCGGGCGCCCUCACCAUCAGCAAUGCUGCACGUUCUAAAGAGGAGAAUCAGUCGUCAUUUUUGGCUCAUACGCUGGAGGCUCCUGAGUCUUUGAAGGACUUCCCAGUCAACAAUCUGAACGGCGAAAAAAUGAAUGAUUUGAACAUACCCAUCAAACCCGGCCUGCCUGUCACUGAAUGUGAGACACAGCUGGAGAACCUCACCCUCAAGCCUCAACAUCAGCAACAAGCAGAGUACUCUCCUCCCUCAAAAGGCCCAAUCGCCCAGUGGAUCGAGAUGCGCCGUGAGGAGAUCGUGUCCCAGAUGACGGAGGCCUGUCUGAACCAGUGCCUGGAUGCCCUGCUGUCCCAAACCAUGCUAAUGCGUGAGGAUUAUGAGCUUAUUGUGACCCAGACCACACGCACCGCCAAGGUCCGCCAGCUCCUGGACAACUGUCAUCGACACUGUGAAGACUUCUGCCGCGUUGUCGUCCGUAAGCUGCGCGACAACAAGCAAAUGGGCCUGCAGCCGUACCCGCCUGAAAUCGGCUCCCCCACCCUCGGCCUCUGCGCACUGCCGCUGUCCAUGUCCUACAAUAACCACAGGAAUGUGUAGCAACAGUCACAGCCAAACUAUGGAAACAAUCCAGAUUACAGACUGUGCCAAUUUUACACUACACUUAACUCUUACUGGUACCGCUUUCGUUAACAUGGUCACCAUGGUUCCUGUAAGUCUUGUCCUCAAAGAGGAACUGAGCAAAAAGAGUCACAGGUACAAAACUAAGCUACUCACUUAAGAGGGUAUCCACUCACAAGAGACAGAAUGUUUUAUUCUGUGCGAUCAGAAUCAAAAAAAUUUGAAGGAAUCAGUGAUUUUUAUUUAACAAUGUUAAUGAGGUGAUUUAUUUAUAGUCCCUCCAUUCUGAGUGGGUGUAUAGCAGGGUGUCUCUCCUUUGAUACGUUAUGCUUUUGUCUCCAAAGCUCAGUUUCCAUUAUGUGAAAGUGUGAUUAUGUAGGCCAUUAUUUGUGUGUUUGUGUGUGUGUGUGUGUAGCCUUAUUUAUAGAAUGCAAACAUCCUCAACACACUCAGUUGAUCUGAGUAAGUGAAAGGAGGACUGUUAACAUGCUCGAAAACCUACAGCAAAAAUAAGGUUUAUUCCUAUUAAAGCAAUCCUAAUCUUAAAGUAUCCUGUAGUCAUGGGUGAACUAUCUGGAUAACAUUGAGUGAAGUCAGUGAGUAUGUGGCCUAUGUGUGUUUCUAUUGAAGCAUAUGGCCUACAUUAAAUCGGUACAAGGUACAAGGACAACUUCAGAGCCAAUAAUAGUUAACUAUGUGGUUUGUUAACAGCUUCACAUUACUUAAGUGUUGGAAUGAGUCAUGAGUUUGGUCACUGUGGCGUUUUGUCCCUCUGUUUUUCCUUCCCCUCUAUUUUAACUGCUGAGCUAAAGAGAUUCUCUCCGGACGUGGAGUAAAGAGGAAGUUGAGAUUGUAAUAUAACACUCGGAAUGAGAGGGAUGUGUGUCUGCAUGUCUGUCUAGAUUAAAAGUGGACCAAAGUGAUCAGAUUCUUUUGAUCUUCUCAGUAGUGGCCUCACCUCUCAGUAUUUGUAAUAUUAUUCACUCUAGGCUCAUCUGGAUACAGUGUUAUAGUUUAUCCAUGAGCUUCACGUUUUUUUUUAUCCUGCUGAGCUGCUCUGCAGAAGAACUGCAACACAUGAAGAGAGACAAUCAAACCUAUUACUGCAGGGGUGGCCCAACUGUUUUGAUAACUACACAGAAAAACACUAGGACAAACAAUAGUUAAAGGAUAGUUUUCUACCAAUAAUAUUGCAAGAAAGUCAGUGUUUCUAGACCAAGAAACUCAUGUGCCAUAGGAAAUUAAUAUUCCGUCAAAAUAACCAACAGAACACCACUAAAGAGUUUACGUUUGACAUUACAGUAGUUUGUGUGCCCACAUAAAAAUAGCUUUUUUGUAUCUGCUGCUUUUGAAUUUAAUUUCAAUUAAAUCAAUACUUUUCAACUAAUAAAUACAAUGCAUGGCCUAAGUGCCCAUUUACAUAUUAUGAUAUGUGUUAAUCUGUAAUAAGUAAAUUUAAAACGGGAAGAAAUUGCCAAAUAUUGGCUUCUGUUCAUGGAUCGAGUGCCAACUUGAAAGAUUACAAUGCAACUGUAAAUGUAAGAUGUAAGUCUAAUUUUAAGAUGUGACAAACAGAGCAGAAAUAAUAAUAAAUAAGUUUCUUUAAAAAGUUAGUUUAGUAGUUUGGCCACCCCCGCUGUAGUUUACCUGCUGUGGAGUCUAUGCAGUCAUUGCUCAGUUUAUCACUCUUGACUCAAUCAACUGUUUCUACACUAGCUGUGCUUCCGAUCUGAUCAAAGCGAUAGAAACACCUGUUUAUGUAAUGAUUAUCUCUUUUUUUGUGUUCAUAGAUCAAUAACAUUCAAGGCGUAAUGCUGUUAAAUGCAAGAAAAUCCAAAUAUUUAAAUGAAGGCAGUAUUUUGUCUGUAUAAAUAAUUCAAGUAAUACAGUUUUUUCGUUUCUUCAAUCAUACACACAGUAUAGAUGUUCUUCAUGCCAGAAAUGAUUUCUGUUUCCAUGACACAAUUUUAACUUUCAGUCUUCCUAAUAGCCAUGUUUAUAUAUGUGUGUUUAGUAGGACUAUAACGUUAACUAUUGAUUCAUUUGACAAUCAUUUUUCUCGAUAAUUGUUUGGUCUAUAAAAUAGUAUAAAAUUCUGUUUACAGUUUCCAAAAGCCCAAUAUCAUCAGAUUUUCCCCAAAUACAUUUUUAUUAUUUUUACUCAUAAUAUCUACAGAUUAAUCAGUUAUCAAAGUAGUUGCAGAUUAAUUUAUUGUGGAUGGACAAUUAGAUCUAUGGACUGGUCGUUUCAGCUCAAUGUUGUGUGCAUGUAUGACUCUCAUUAAGGGCCUUACUGUCUUCAUCACUGCCUUCUCUUAUCACUUAACUAAAAUCGGGAUCUUAAAUUACACUAUUGUGGCUCUGUCAUUUAUUGUCUGUACGUCCUCAGAUUUAACAGAGCAUGACCUUUUGUUUGUUCCCCAUCAUUGGGUCCAAGGAAAGUUCAUAAAGAACUUUAAAUACCACAGUGAGAAAUGAACCACAGCAGGUUAUUCUUAUAAAGAAACAUUCUUACAAGAAAUCGCACACAAUUAUAUUAUAUCGCUUAAAAGACAACAGCAAGGCCAAGCAGGUCGAUACGUUUCCAUAAUGUUGGGCUUGUAUUUGCCUUGUGUUUAAGAACUGUGCCUCAUAUUCUGCUUCUGGUCUCAACUAUUGCAACAUGCAAAAGCCUUUUACACAUAUCAAGAAACGCUGAGUAGAAAUAUUAAAAUUUGAUAUCUUAAAUAUGUUGUAACAUAUUUUGUACUGAUAUUUUCAUCUCUUUUAUAUAUACUUUCAUUUGUCAUCACUUGGUAAAAACUCAUGCAUUGUUCUGUCAAGUGAUGAUUUGUUUUUUUAUAAAUAUAUAUAAUUUAAUGCCAUGUCAUUAUCAGUGUCAGUUGGUCAAACAAGAACAUAAUGUGUAACAGAAUGUACAGUUGAUCCGUAGCUGUGGUUUCAACAGAAACUAGGAUUUUUUCAUACAUGCUAUGAAACUCUUCAUUAAAAUGGAUUCUCUGUU